GGGAAUGCAUGCUUAUGUGUUGAAAGAUAUCGAUCCUCGGCUCUCCCAAUCAUGUCAGAGCUAGAAGGAUUCUCCCCCCCAAAGAGUACAGGAACGUUCAGAAAAGUCAAACGAUAUGUAAUUUACAGACAGCUUACAUGAAAGAGGAAUUUGCAUGUGAAUAGGUAUCACAGGGCUACGUAUCGGAAUUAGAUCCCAAGAGUUGCAUCACUCGGCUUCUACUACUCUUUGUGCAUUCCGUCCUCAUUCUAUGAAUUUUUCUAUGCCGUAAACCUUCUCAUUACACACCUAUUGAGGGCCAAAGCCACGGUAUAAUCGACUAAAAUACCCGUUUCUACAAGAUCAUGAUUCGGCGAGCCAAUGAGCGAAUGAGGUAUCUACCCAUUCACCGCGAAUCAACCUCUGAGGCGUCCUCUAGUACUAGUGGAGGGUCGUAUGUUUUUCCUUCUCCGGCGAAAAGUGCUUUGAUUAUCGGUAUCGUUUGGAUAUUGCUGAUCAUCACUGCUUGGACGCGCAAUGUCGUUCUUCUCCCCCUCAAUGAGCCGCCUCGUGAGGUUACUGGAGAUGGCAGGCCCAUAGUACACACGAUGAAUGGUACUUAUGCAGGCAUCCACUUAGAUUCCCUCAACCAAGACGUAUUUCUCGGUAUGCCGUAUGCAAUUCCACCCUUAGGGCCUCUUCGAUUUCGACACCCACAUUCUUUGAUAGAGACAUGGAAUGGCGUACGUGAUGCAGAAGCUUACGGCCCUCAGUGCCCUGGAUACGGCAAUGACUUAGGUACAUUCACACACGCAGAAGACUGUCUCACAAUCAACGUCAUUCGCCCGCUCAAUGUCCAAACAUCACCUUUACCGGUUGCUGUAUACAUCUAUGGCGCUGGAGUUAAAGUUGGGGGUUCUGAUAAUCAGAGAUACAAUCUGUCUUUCAUAGUGAAGACUGCAUCAGACGCUGGCUUGCCCUUUAUUGGUGUUUCGUUUACUUACCGGGCAUCUGUGGGCGGCUGGAUCAUUAGCCGCCAAGUCAGGGGUUCUGGGGAGACAAAUAUCGGAUUUCACGAUCAACGAAUGGCUUUGAGAUGGGUCCAGGAGAAUAUCUCAUCUUUCGGAGGAGAUCCGAGAAAGGUAACCAUCUGGGGCGGCAGCUCUGGCGCUAGAGAUGUCGCUUACCACCUAACUGCUUACGGCGGUCGAGAUGAUAACUUAUUCCGGGCCGCAAUUAUGCAGAGCGGGUCUGCUGCAGAAGAAACAUCCUCUCGUCGUUUUACGGCACAAGAGAUGUACGACGCUCUAGUAGCUGGAACCAGCUGUGCGGAAGCCGAGGACUCGCUCGACUGUCUCAGAGGCAUCCCUUAUGUGGAGAUAAACAAAGCCUUCGCCACGUCAAAGUAUGGAUUAGGGGCUAUGGCCAGUGUUUUUGGCGGACCGUCUAUUGACGGUGGAUUUCUCCCUAACUAUGGAAGCUUGAGUCUUAGAAACUCUCGAAUAGUGAAAGUGCCGGUGAUUAGCGGCAUUGUGUCCAAUGAAGGAAUUAAUCAAAUACCCACAGAUGUGCGCAACUGGUCCGAUCUCCGGGAAUACCUUAUAGACUGGCUUUUAUACCCCAAAUCCGUGGUAGAUCAACUAAUGAGUCUUUAUCCACCGAUCGCCCGCGGUAGUGACGACAAGUUUCAGCCACCAAUUGAUAGCAUUUCGAUCUCCAGUAGAGCGGAAUUUGAUCGCAUCGAGCAGCUGAUGGGAGACCUAUCCAACAACGCCGGAGCUAGACUUACUUGUGAGUGUUAUGCCAAUAUCACAGGUUGCUAUGCUUUCAGAUUCGCGGCCACCGUAUCGUCCAUAUAUGACGAGCGGCUAGGAGUCCGUCAUGGGGCCGAAAUCGGACCUAUUUUCCAAAGUUUUGAUGGAGUAGGUUGGGAUGUAAACCCCUUCGCGGGAAAAGGCGAAGGUCUCCGGCACAUGUCUCGUAUAAUGGGCAUAAUGUGGGCUGGUUUCAUUACAUCCUUAGACCCAAACGUAGGGCUAAGUCAAGAUGACCCCAACUGGCCGAAGUACUCAGCAUCCGCACGCCGGAUAAUGGUUUUUCAUGAAAAUGGAUCAUGGGUUGAAACAGGGGACCGCAGGUCAGAUGCUUUAGACUAUAUAGAUACAAUUCAGGAAAGCAUCCUAGAGAGGUAGUGUUGUGGGAUAAGAGAUGGGUUAGUAGCCCUCGUCAGUUCUAUUACACGUGUUGCGAUACUUAGUUAUUUGAUAC